CGAAAGCCAAUCGUCUCCCUGCCGGUGAGCGAAAAAUCUCAACUAUAGAUUCGGUGUACUGGUGCAGCUUGCAUUGAGAAAUCUAGUUUACUUCGGACGAGGGUUCUCUCAGAUUUUGGACAGAAUGAGCGGCCGUGCCGUGGAAGGACGCGACGUCAAUUCGAUUCGCGAGGAUGACGAUGAACAUAGCCAGUGUUUUGCCCUAGAUCUGCGCAAUCAAUCCAGAGGACCAAUGGCCAUGGACCAAUGCACCGAAACGAGCAACAACUGCGUAAGCGAGCCUCCCCUAUCUCAAGCCGAAAUGUCGGGAAGUGCGCCUUUCGCCAAUCAAUUGUCCUGUCUGAGCAAGCAAGCAAGCCCAAUGAGGUCCGAAGGGUGGAAUGAGCUCCAGCCCGCCGGAGAGGAGGCCGCAAUGGAAAGGCGACUGCAAAGAACGAAGGUGGAAAAGCCAUCAGAACCUUUUGAGUUCAGGGAUACCAAUCAAUAUCCUGCACAAAAAAUUAUCUCGCCAAUCGAUUCCAAGCAAGCAAUCGUGGUGGACAAGGGCAGUUUGGCUCAGGGAAGACCCGGUACAUCGGACACAAAAACAAUAUCAUUUCCUCCAAGAGAGAGUGUCGAUAAAUCAAACCGCUUGCUGCACGUUGAUGUAAGCUGCAAACGAGAGACUAUACAGACUCAAUCCAACGAAGAUUCGGAAAGUGAAGGAGCCUCCGCAGAUAUUGGCGACUAUUCCGAAUUUAGCUAUAGUGACGAAGAAAGGCCUUUGACGGUUCAAGAAAACCAGCUUCUCUACGGAUCAACAGGUGAAUACAGUUUAUACAGCUUGGAACAGAUGGAAAACCGUUUCGAGGAUCGCGAUUUCCAUGGUGCUCACCAAAAAGUAGUUCGACACAGCCAUACACAUUCGCCGUUCGCCAACUUGGGCAAGACCUCAACUCUCAAGGCCGCGCGCGCCACCUUCUUACCUCAGACUAUUGUUCUGGAAACUGACGCUAAAAACUAUCCCACUUAUCUGUGUCCAAUAUGUGGCACACGACAAAGGGAGUUCUUCAGUGUUUCCGACGCACCGCGACAGCUUGAAGGUCCCUCCGGCUAUUUGGCUCUGUACUUUUCAAUUUAUGUCAUCUCGUCGCUUUUCAUCUUUGGUUUGGAAGAGGGAUGGCGACCAUUGGAUUGCAUUUAUUUUGCAGUUGUUACACUCACAACCGCUGGACUGGGAGAUUUCGUCCCCACGUCAGAUGUGAACAAAAUUAUUUGUUCUAUCUUCAUUUACUUCGGUGUGGCCUGCAUUGGAUUAUUGCUCGGAUCUUACAUCGCUGGCAUGCUAGAUGAUAGUGCAUCACGGGAAGCCAAAAGAAAUCAGCUGAGUUCGUGUCCAAAUUGUGCCCGUAUAAAGACUCUCCAGGAUGCAACGUCCAAUACGCCAGAGCAUACGGUGCCUGACACAACACCAGCUAUUCCUAGGCGAAGUAAUCGUCGAAGUUGUGCAUCCGAGCGUAUACUUGACAAAGCUCAAAACCAGGAUCACAGUGCUGUGUAUACGUCACAUCACUGCCAUCGAACGCACACAGGUCAGCGGCAAAGCUCGUUUGAAAGUCACUCAUCCCCUUUCCACAACAAAGGGGUCGAGGUUACAACUUCUUCUUCGCAAGGUGCAUCGACGGUUGAAAAUAUAGCGUCUUUGGGUGAGUCGCAGCUAUUCUCCACUAUCUUCCUCAUCCCCCCCCCCCCCCCCCCAACAAAUCUUUUAGGAUCGCCAGUCACAAGAGGGAUCCUUGGCCGACAAAGGCAUACCCGUCACGAUUCGUUUGACAUAACAGGAAAUGCCAGAAUGUACAGCGCAGCAGCUGGAAUGGGACGAACACGCAAAUUUAGCGAAGAUGUAGGAGUAAUGAUGAUUCCAUCGAUCAGACAAGCUCCCCCCACUAUUCAGGAAGGUGCCCAGCUCGAGACUCCGCCGUUGGGUACUGAUGCAAACGGGUGUAUGGAGCCACCAUACACAAGGUCUCGCGGGUUCACUUCUGAAUCGGAUAGUUCCAAAGAAGAUGACAUGAGCGAUAGCGACGACGACGACUCUUUCGCAGCCUCCACUCAUACCUCGUCAGGUUCUUCCGAAGCUGUAGACGAUGGAAUGUUCAAAUUGCAAGUGGCCAAGUAUGUGUUUCUGACGUUGAAGCAGGCGCUGGUCAAUUCAAUGGUCAUCAUAGGGGUUGGCUGCCUCGGGUUUCGCUUUAUCGAGGGCUUUUCACUCGUAGACAGCUGGUAUUUUACAACGGUUUUUCUCACAACCGUCGGAUAUGGUGGGUGCUGA